AUGGAAAACCAGACCGAAGACAUCGCACCACCAUCACCACCCACCAACUACCAAACACCUAACCUCGACCUCUUACCUGAUCACAACUUCCUUGUCACACCUACCGAUCAACCGUUUGCUAUGAUAAGUAACCCAACCUCUCAGGGUGAAUUACUAAAUGAGCAUGACCUCACUCUCACUGACCCCGACCCCCUACCAACCCCGAACCCUUCACACCCUCCUACCACAGAAUUCACUGUCCGACCCAGAACCACAACAGCUACCGUACUAACCGAAAUACCUGCAUUCCAGGAUUUCUUACAACGGAAACAAGAAAAACGGCCUCUAAACACCAGCACAGAGUCUGACACUAACCUCCCGCUGGAGCACCCAACUCCCCCAGCGCCAGGUACCGCUGCAUCCAAAAUUAUUAUACUCGACAAACCCCUCACCCCGGCCAGAAAGAAACAUAGACUUUUUGCAGACUUCCCGGUAGUGACAGCAAACACUGCCACGAAGAAAACACCCUUACCGCCCUCGCCAAAAACCCAACGGCCAUCUGACAUCACAUCCAACGCAGAAUACCCAGAAUUACUCUCACCUCACCAUAUACCCAACCCACAGCACCCCGGCUUGCCACCCCGCAUUAACACACCUACGGCACCCAUCCCACGAUAUACCGCACUCCCACCCAGGAACCCUCACCCACAACCACUCCACCAAGACCACUACCCAUCAUACUGCGCAACCAGAUACAGGGCACGAGACGUUCGCGAGCACCCCGCCGCAGAUGGUCAAAACAAUAUCAUUGUCUAUGACCCGCCACGUCGACUGACCACCCGUAAACCCUCCAGAACACACACUAGACCUCAGCCAUACAAUAACAUACCACCUCUAUCCGCUAACACCACCACCAGCCGUAAUUACAGACCAACACCUCUACCCCCUAGAAGACCAGGCACAACAUACACCCCACUCAUGUCCAUCCGACUGCCUCAAUCCGCAUCUCCAACGCUUAUGGCCAUCCAAUUACCACAACAUUUUCCACCAUACAAUCUUUCCGACCACCCAUAUCGCCCAUAUUAUCAGACAACACGACCACCACACCGACAUCCAUACCCGGACACAUCCAUACCACGUGGCACCACCCAACGUAUAAUACCCGUCGCCGAUCCUGCAUCCACUCCAUCCAACGCCGCACCCACUCCCGCCAAUAAACCAAAAGCCCGGCGGAAAAGAAAGAAGAAUACAGCCGCACAACCAGUACUCCACACAUCAACAGCCACCCAAACCGACAAGGCACCCGAUCUCCUCGACCUUUUUUCUAACCCUACUACAUGUGACUUUCCGUCCUCCGCAGUAGAUAUGAACCUUGCUCUCAUUAUUUUUCAUUGA